GGCAUUUAGCAAGUAUCAAGCACCCGCAUAGUAUCUCUGUGUAGUUUAUAAACCCCUCCUCCACUUCCUGCCCAGUUUACCCAGCCACAAUUCCCACCUUGCUCCAAGACGGAAUACUCACUUGGUAUCGGCGCCGGCCUCGACAAACCUCAAGAACAAGGUCUCUCCCUUAAUUCGCAAUGGCCCAACGAGUGACCCUCCGCAAGCGCACUCCCUACAACACCACCUCCAACCGCCGACGCGUGGUCAAGACCCCCGGUGGCAAGCUCGUCUACCACCACAUCGGCAAGCUCGCGUCCGCGCCCAAGUGCGGUGACUGCGGGGUUGCUCUGCCCGGUAUCCCCGCCCUCCGACCCCGCCAGUACGCUACUAUUUCCAAGCGUCAAAAGACUGUCAACCGGGCAUACGGCGGCUCAAGAUGCGGUGACUGCGUCAAGCAGCGCAUUCUGCGCGCGUUCUUGGUCGAGGAGGCCAAGAUCGUCAAGCGGGUGAUCAAGACGCAGCAGCAGGCCGCCAAGAGGAAGUAAACGCCCACCCGCCUCUGCUUCCUGUCCAGUCCCGGUGUGGGAUACGCUUUCGGGCUCGUUUCGUCAUUGCUAUCAUUACAUAUCACGUUCCGUUAUGGCGACUACUAUGCGACCAUGUAUUCUGAGGCAAAAAUGCGACUGAUGAGGUCGGUCUUCAUGCUCCGUUUGCCUGCGCGCGUCCGGGUCGGUGCAAGCUUG